AGGACGGGAAAGUCAAGAUGGACGCGUCCAUUUGAACGCCUCACCUGGGUGGCUCGCCCGCACUCCCGCCUGCUGUGAGCCGUCGAGCCCGUGGCUGCCGCCCGUUCUUCCUCCGGAAAGGGGAGGAAGAGGGAAUGAGAAGGUGCAGCGGCCGAGGAGUUCCCGCGACCGACCCCCUCGCUGCCCUCGGGCCCCCUCGGCCCCCGCGCCUCCGGGAGCAGCCGGGGCUCGCCGCGUCUCGACGCGUCCCGAGUUACACAGAAAUAAUGUUGAUAUUUGGAACCCAUGUCGAACUUCUAUGAAGAAAGGGCAACAAUGAUUGCAGCCAGGGAUUUGCAGGAAUUUGUUCCUUUUGGUCGAGACCACUGCAAGCACCACCCUAAUGCUUUGAACCUUCAACUUCGCCAGCUGCAGCCAGCCUCUGAAUUAUGGUCGUCUGAUGGUGCUGCUGGUUUGGUGGGAUCCCUACAGGAGGUUACAAUCCAUGAGAAACAAAAGGAAAGCUGGCAGUUAAGGAAAGGUGUAAGCGAAAUUGGAGAAGAAGUGGAUUAUGAUGAAGAACUCUAUGUGGCUGGAAAUAUGGUGAUCUGGAGCAAAGGAAGUAAAAGCCAGGCAUUGGCGGUGUAUAAAGCAUUCACAGUUGACAGUCCUGUUCAACAGGCAUUGUGGUGUGACUUCAUUAUAUCAGAGGAUAAGUCUGAAAAUGCCUAUAGUAGUGAUGAAGUAGAAAAAUGCAUAUGUAUAUUGCAAAGUUCGUGUAUUAAUAUGCAUAGCGUAGAAGGAAAAGAUUACAUAGCUUCUUUGCCUUUUCAGGUUGCAAAUGUUUGGCCCACCAAAUAUGGAUUAUUGUUUGAACGAAGCACUUCUUCACAUGAUGUACCGCCAGGUCCACCCAGAGAACCUUUACCUACUAUGUUCAGCAUGCUGCAUCCAUUAGAUGAAAUAACCCCACUUGUGUGUAAAUCUGGAAGUCUUUUUGGUUCAUCUCGGGUACAAUAUGUUGUAGAUCAUGCAAUGAAAAUAGUUUUUCUCAGUACCGACCCUUCCAUUAUAAUGACCUAUGACACUGUUCAAAGUUUGCAUUCAGUCUGGACACUCCGUAGAGUCCGAACCGAGGAAGAGAACGUUGUUUUGAAGUUCUCAGAACAGGGGGGAACCCCACAGCACGUGGCCACCAGCAGCUCCCUCACGGCACAUCUUAGAAGCCUUUCCAAAGGAGAGUCCCCUGUUACGUCCCCCUUUCAGAAUUACUCCUCCAUUCACAGCCAGAGUCGCUCGGCCUCAUCACCCAGUCUACACUCACGAUCACCUUCUAUUUCCAACAUGGCAGCUCUAAGCCGUGCCCAUUCGCCUGCCUUGGGAGUGCACUCUUUUUCAGGAGUGCAGAGAUUCAACCUUUCAAGCCAUAAUCAGUCUCCAAAGAGACAGAGUGUAUCUCAUUCUCCAAGUAGUAAUUCUAAUAGUUCCUUUCUUGCACCAGAGACAGAACCGAUUGUUCCUGAACUUUGUAUUGAUCAUUUAUGGACAGAGUCGAUUACUAAUACAAGAGAGAAAAAUUCACAAGCCUCUAAGGUAUUCAUAACAUCUGACUUAUGUGGGCAGAAGUUCUUGUGCUUUUUGGUAGAGUCUCAGCUCCAGUUACGAUGUGUAAAGUUUCAAGAGAGUAAUGAUAACACCCAGCUUAUCUUUGGCUCUGUCACCAACAUCCAGGCAAAGGAUGCGGCGCCCGUGGAGAUAGACACCAUGCUGGUCCUAGAAGGCAGUGGCAACCUGGUGCUUUAUACAGGAGUAGUCCGGGUGGGAAAGGUUUUUAUCCCUGGCUUGCCAACUCCUUCCCUGACCAUGUCGAACACAAUGCCGAGGCCAAGCACGCCGCUUGAUGGCAUUGGUACUCCGAAGCCUAUUAGCAAACUACUUGGAUCCUUGGAUGAGGUGGUUCUGUUGUCUCCAGUUCCAGAACUACGGGAUUCUUCAAAACUUCAUGAUUCUCUCUAUAAUGAGGAUUGUACUUUCCAGCAGCUUGGAACUUAUAUUCAUUCUAUAAGAGAUCCUGUCCAUAAUAGAGUAACUCUGGAACUGAGCAAUGGCUCCAUGGUUAGAAUUACCAUUCCUGAAAUUGCCACCUCUGAAUUAGUACAAAUGUGUUUGCAAGCAAUUAAGGUUAUCCUGCCUAAAGAAAUAGCAGUUCAGAUGCUUGUCAAGUGGUACAGUGUCCACAGUGCUCCAGGAGGACCCAGUUACCACUCAGAGUGGAAUUUAUUUGUGACUUGUCUCAUGAACUUGAUGGGUUAUAACACAGAUCGCUUAGCCUGGACCCGAAAUUUUGACUUUGAAGGAUCACUUUCUCCAGUCAUUGCACCUAAAAAAGCAAGACCUUCUGAAACAGGAUCUGAUGAUGACUGGGAAUAUUUACUAAAUUCAGACUACCAUCAAAAUGUUGAGUCUCAUCUUUUGAAUAGAUCUUUAUGUUUGAAUCCCCUGGAAGUUUCACAGAUGAAAGAUGAGGAUUUUUCACAGAGUCUCAAUCUGGAUUCUUCUACGCUUCUUUUCGCUCACAUACCUGCGAUAUUUUUUGUUCUACACCUUGUCUAUGAGGAAUUUAAGUUGAAUACUCUAAUGGGAGAAGGAAUUCGUUCUCUUGUUGACCUUCUUGUUCAGUUGGCAAGGGACUUAAAACUGGAGCCUUACGUAGAUCAUUACUAUAGAGAUUACCCAACGCUUGUCAGAGCUGCCAGCCAAGUGUGUACAAUUGAUCAAGAUCAGACAGGAUUUAUGCAGCACCCGUCGUUUUUCACUUCUGAGCCACCAAGUAUUUACCAGUGGGUGAGUUCUUGCCUGAAGGGUGAGGGAGCACCACCCUAUCCUUACCUACCUGGGAUCUGUGAAAGAAGUCGGCUUGUAGUGAUGAGUAUUGCACUGUAUAUACUGGGUGAUGAGAACUCCGUGUAUGAGGAAUCCUCACAGUAUUUAUCCAGAGUGACCAUUGCCCCUCAAAAGCUGCAAGCAGAGCAAGAGGAAAACAGGUUUAGUUUCAGUCAUUCUACAUCAGUUUCGAGUCUAGCCGAAAAAUUAGUUGUCUGGAUGACUGAUGAAGGUAUCACUUUGAGAGACUUGGAAACUCUUCCGUUUGGAAUUGCCAUACCCAUCCGAGAUGCAAUUUAUCACUGUCGAGAGCAGCCUGCUUCAGACUGGCCUGAAGCUGUCUGUCUCUUGAUUGGACGGCAGGAUCUUUCCAAACAGGCCUGUGAAGGAAACUUACCCAAAGGAAAAUCUGUGCUCUCAUCAGAUGUUCCUUCAGGAACAGAAACGGAAGAGGAAGACGAUGGCAUGAACGACAUGAAUCAGGAGGUCAUGUCACUAAUAUGGAGUGAAGAUUUAAGGGUGCAGGACGUGAGAAGGCUUCUUCAGAGUGCACAUCCGGUGCGCGUCAAUGUCGUUCAGUACCCAGAGCUCAGUGACCACGAAUUCAUUGAGGAAAAAGAAAACAGAUUGCUUCAGUUGUGUCAGCGAACUAUGGCCCUCCCAGUGGGACGAGGAAUGUUUACCUUAUUUUCUUACCACCCAGUUCCAACGGAACCGUUGCCUAUUCCUAAAUUGAAUUUGACAGGUCGGGCUCCUCCUCGCAACACCACAGUGGACCUCAACAGCGGCAACAUAGAUGUGCCCCCGAACAUGACCAGCUGGGCCAGCUUUCACAACGGCGUUGCUGCCGGCCUCAAGAUCGCCCCUGCCUCCCAGAUUGACUCUGCAUGGAUUGUGUACAACAAGCCCAAGCAUGCUGAGCUGGCCAAUGAGUAUGCAGGCUUUCUCAUGGCCCUGGGUCUGAAUGGCCACCUCACUAAGCUGGCUACUCUCAACAUCCAUGACUACCUAACCAAGGGCCAUGAAAUGACAAGCAUUGGACUCCUCCUUGGUGUUUCUGCUGCUAAACUAGGCACCAUGGAUAUGUCCAUCACCCGACUUCUCAGCAUUCACAUUCCUGCUCUCUUGCCCCCCACAUCCACGGAGCUGGACGUUCCUCACAAUGUCCAGGUGGCUGCGGUGGUUGGCAUUGGCCUCGUCUAUCAGGGAACAGCUCACAGACAUACGGCAGAAGUUUUGCUCGCUGAAAUAGGCCGGCCCCCUGGCCCUGAGAUGGAAUACUGUACUGACCGAGAGUCCUACUCGGUAGCUGCUGGCCUGGCCCUGGGCAUGGUUUGCUUGGGGCAUGGCAGUAAUUUGAUCGGUAUGUCUGAUCUGAAUGUCCCUGAGCAGCUGUAUCAGUACAUGGUUGGAGGUCAUAGACGUUUUCAAGCAGGAAUGCAUAGGGAGAAGCACAAAUCUCCAAGCUAUCAGAUCAAGGAAGGAGAUACCAUCAAUGUGGAUGUAACCUGCCCAGGUGCCACUCUAGCCUUGGCGAUGAUCUACUUAAAGACUAACAACAGAUCCAUUGCAGAUUGGCUUCGAGCUCCUGAUACCAUGUAUUUGCUGGACUUUGUGAAACCAGAAUUUCUUUUGCUUAGGACUCUUGCUCGAUGCCUGAUUUUGUGGGAUGACAUCUUGCCAAAUUCCAAAUGGGUUGAUAGCAACGUUCCUCAAAUUAUAAGAGAAAAUAGCAUAUCUCUCAGUGAAAUUGAAUUGCCCUGCUCAGAGGAUUUGAAUUUGGAAACAUUGUCACAAGCACACGUCUACAUCAUCGCAGGAGCCUGCUUGUCUCUGGGCUUUCGGUUUGCUGGAUCAGAGAAUUUAUCUGCAUUUAACUGUUUGCAUAAAUUUGCAAAAGAUUUUAUGACAUAUUUGUCUGCACCCAAUGCUUCUGUAACAGGACCUUACAAUCUAGAAACCUGUCUGAGUGUGGUGCUUCUGUCUCUUGCCAUGGUGAUGGCUGGCUCAGGGAACUUGAAGGUUUUGCAGAUUUGUCGCUUUUUGCACAUGAAAACAGGUGGUGAAAUGAAUUACGGUUUCCACUUAGCCCACCACAUGGCCCUUGGACUUCUGUUUUUGGGAGGAGGAAGGUACUCCUUGAGCACGUCCAACUCCUCCAUUGCCGCUCUCCUGUGUGCCCUGUACCCGCACUUCCCAGCUCACAGCACUGACAACCGGUAUCACCUGCAGGCUCUCCGGCACCUGUACGUGCUGGCUGCCGAGCCGAGACUUCUGGUCCCUGUGGAUGUCGAUACAAACACGCCCUGCUAUGCCCUCUUAGAAGUUACCUACAAGGGCACACAGUGGUACGAACAAACCAAAGAAGAGCUGAUGGCUCCUACACUCCUUCCAGAACUCCAUCUUUUAAAGCAGGUAAAAGUUAAAGGUCCACGAUACUGGGAAUUGCUUAUAGACUUGAGCAAGGGGACCCAGCACUUGAAGUCCAUCCUUUCCAAGGACGGGGUUUUGUAUGUGAAGCUCAGAGCGGGUCAGCUCUCCUACAAGGAAGAUCCAAUGGGGUGGCAGAGUCUGUUGGCCCAGACUGUUGCAAACAGAAACUCGGAAGCUCGGGCUUUCAAGCCUGAAACGAUUUCAGCCUUCACUUCUGAUCCAGCUCUCCUCUCCUUUGCUGAAUAUUUCUGUAAACCUGCUGUGAACAUGGGUCAGAAACAGGAAAUUCUGGGUCUCUUUUCUUCUGUGUUGUAUGAAUGCGUUACUCAGGAGACGCCAGAGAUGUUACCUGCGUACAUAGCGAUGGAUCAGGCUGUCAGACGACUGGGAAGAAGAGAAAUGUCUGAGACAUCGGAACUUUGGCAGAUAAAGUUGGUGUUAGAGUUUUUCAGCUCCCGAAGCCAUCAGGAGCGGCUUCAGAACCACCCGAAGCGAGGCCUCUUCAUGAAUUCUGAAUUCCUCCCUGUUGUAAAAUGCACCAUUGAUAAUACCCUGGACCAGUGGCUGCAAGCUGGGGGAGAUGCGAGUGUGCAGGCUUACCUCAGUGGACAGCCCUGGGAUGACGCACAGCUGAGCAUGUUGGCCUGUUUCCUCGUCUACUACUCGGUGCCCACCCCGAGGCACCUGCCGUCCCUCGGACUCGAAGGAAGUACAAGCUUUGCUGAGCUCCUCUUCAAGUUCAAGCAGCUGAAAAUGCCCGUGCGAGCCUUGUUGAGGCUGGCCCCUUUGCUUCUGGGGAAUCCACAGCCAAUGGUUAUGUGAUCCUGGCUGGGUGACCUCACUGACGUCCCAGUGUUGCUGCAAGCAUGGCCAGGGCACCCAGCGAAGGAGCAGUGAUGGGUUUUACAGCAGAGCAAGUGGGGUGGGGUGGGAUGCAGGGUGGGGCUGUGCAAAUCUCCAUGGACCAGCCAGAAAAGUCAAAGUGUUUUAAAGAUUUCAGAGAAUCCAGUUGCUCUCGGCAUUAACAUUCUAUAUGAAAGUGUGUUAACUUUUACUUUGUAAAUAAAGUUUUUUUGGUUUGUUUUCAGAA